UCCGCGGCGGUGGCGGAUGAGUAUACACGAAUCGGAGUGUGAGUCACGUGGUGGGUGGACACCACGCCGUCCUUUUCUGUUUCUGUUUUUUUUUCUUUUCAAUUUCUUUUUUUUCUUUGGAAUUCUCCGUCGAGCCCCCGUAUAAAAACUGAGCCGGGAGCGGAAAGAGCACGCUAUUUGGAUUUGGUUGCCCGGCCGCUCAGGAUUACGCGUUCUCGCAGAAUGAAGACGUCCGCCUUGUUCCUGACAGCCGUGCUGUUGCCGGCAGCCGUGUGGGCGGUGCCUGCGGUCCCGGCAAGCGCUGUGACCAACCGAUUCUUCAACAAUUAUGGUCAAGGAGCUUACCUGUACGGAUACGACUGGACGUUCCCGACCGGCGAGGGUGCCUUCCAGCGCGAGUCCGGAGAUGCCCAAGGACGCAAGCAGGGCUCCUACGGUUUCAAGGAUGCCGACGGGAGAGUGCGCAUCGUCAGCUACGUGGCCGACGAAGGCGGCUUCCGAGUGAGCGUGUCCACAAACGAACCCGGAACGAAGCCGUCGUCUCCGGCGGAUGCCUUUUUCCAACUGCCCCAGGGACCCUACCAAGCGACACCGUACGAAGCCCCUAAGGUGGAGAAGACCUCCCAGCCGGUCAGGCCACAGAGCCAGACCAAGCCCGCCACGUCGGAGAGCGUGCCAGCGGUUCCUGUUGCCGCCACUGCGCCGAAAGUGGCGGUCGAGGCUGCGGCUCCAAGGCUGGUGUUCCCUGCGACCCUGCACUACCAUACACACCCUCACGGGCCGGUCAUCUAUUCGCACCCGACUGGCGUAAUUCCUGUGCACGGCAGGCUCGUGUAUGGAUUUUAAUGUUGUCCGACUGAUAGCGCGACUGGAGUCUCAUUAGCUUUCUCAAGAUUAUGCGAGAUGAGAGCGUGUACAGAAAUUCAGAAAACAGAGAAAAGCGGCAGGAAAGUCCGCGGGCACCCGAAGAUUUCGCAACCUGUUGAGCACGUGCGGGAGUUUUCCCCGUGCAGUCUUGAAGUCUAUCAAAGCGCGGCGCCUAUUGAUGUUCAUUGCAGAAAUUAAAUGAUUGUUGUUG